CUCUGACUUGUUCCCUUGCUCUUUUUCCCUCUGCAAAACGGACACUCCCAAAGCCUUCAGUCACCAUCCAGGGGAUUUUUUUUUCACCACAAAGGGUAAUUCCUGUUUCAUCCCUGCUGUGACUCAGCUGUGACGUUGAACUAUACAAGCCAGACAGAAGAUAAGGUCAGCAGAGACCUCUGCUCACCAGAGCAGAGGGCCAGAACCCACCUCCUCUCUCCCCACACACUCCGCGGGGCCAGUCCUCUGGCCGGCCUUGGACCCCAGGAUGGCCUCCAGCUCAGCCAGCAGCCCCCGUCCGGCCCCUGAUGAGAACGAGUUCCCCUUUGGGUGCCCCCCCACCGUCUGCCAGGACCCGCCAGAGCCCAGGGCCCUCUGCUGUACGGCCUGUCGCCCCGAGAACCUAAGGAACAGUGAGGAUCGCAUCUGUCCCAAAUGCACAGGGGACAGUCUACAACCUGAGAGCUCCGGAAACCCUCUGACCCUAGAGAAGGUUCAUCCUGAGGUGGCCAAGGCUGGAGUCGAGUGUCCUUUUGCAGGUGUUGGUUGCUCCUUCAAGGGCAACCCACCAUCCAUACAGGAGCAUGAGGCCACAUUCCAGGCCACCCACCUGAGUCUGCUGCUGGGGUUCAUGAAACAGUGGAAAGCCCAGCUGAGCUCGGGCACAGGUUCUGGACCCACAGCCUUGGAACGGAAUCUAUCAGACCUGCAGCUGCAGGCAGCUGUGGAGGUGGCAGGGGACCUGGAGGUGGAUUGCUACCGAGCUCCCUGCUCUGAGAGCCAAGAUGAGCUGGCCCUGCAGCAGUUCAUGAAGGAGAAGCUACUGGCUGAGCUGGAGGAGAAGCUGCGUGUGUUUGAGAACAUUGUUGCUGUCCUCAACAAGGAGGUGGAGGCCUCCCACCUGGCCUUGGCCACCUCCAUCCACCAGAGCCAGCUGGACCGCGAGCGCAUCCUGAGCCUGGAGCAGAGGGUGAUGGAGUUGCAGCAGACCCUGGCCCAGAAAGACCAGGCAUUAGGGAAGCUGGAGCAGAGCCUGCGCCUCAUGGAGGAGGCCUCCUUCGAUGGCACCUUUGUGUGGAAGAUCACCAAUGUCACCAGGCGAUGCCAUGAGUCUGCUUGUGGCAGGACCAUCAGCCUUUUCUCCCCAGCUUUCUACACUGCCAAGUACGGCUACAAGUUGUGCCUACGCCUGUACCUAAAUGGGGAUGGCUCCGGCAAGAGGACCCACCUGUCGCUUUUCAUCGUGAUCAUGAAAGGGGAGUAUGAUGCUCUGCUGCCGUGGCCCUUCCGGAACAAGGUCACCUUCAUGCUGCUGGACCAGAACAACCGUGAACAUGCCAUCGAUGCCUUCCGGCCCGAUCUGAGCUCAGCAUCCUUCCAGCGGCCCCAGAGUGAAACCAACGUGGCUAGCGGCUGUCCACUGUUCUUCCCUCUCAGCAAGCUGCAGUCACCCAAGCAUGCCUAUGUGAAGGAUGACACCAUGUUCCUCAAGUGCAUCGUGGAGACCAGCACUUAGGGCAGCAGGGCCUCCUGAGGGAGCCCCAACCCAGACCGGGGACUCAGCAGGCUGACUGAUACCCUUCCCUUGUGCCCACCAUCAGAAAGCAGGACAGGCAGCUUGGCUGUGGCUUCUGGCAGCAUGGCAGGACCUUGGGCUGGGCCAAAAGGGCAAAGGGGUUCGUAGGGGGCAGGGAGAAUUGCUGUCCUCAGCACAGGACACACAACACAGGGCACCAGUGAGCCUCUCAGCCCCGAAGGUUGGGCGGAAAGGCUGAACCAGGCAGGGGUGGGGUGCAGGCCUAUAAUCCCAGCACUCUGGAAGGUUGAGGCAGGAGGACUGCAA